AUGAGGGCCCUCAAGCGAUUCCCUACGGAGACAUGGGUGCCAUUUUUUGUCGAAGGACUCUCCAUGGUGCGGCACCUACGUGGACCAGACCACCCUGCAACAUUGGACACGAUGAAGACCAUUGGCAGAUGGUACUGCCGCAGCCACAUGUAUGACCAAGGCAUGCCACUGCUGCGCGAGUGUUUAGAGAUUAAAGCGCGGAUUGGGGACACCGACAUAAAGGUCAUGGAUACAGUUCAUUACCUCGGGGAAUUACUGUACGUGCAAGACCAGGUCGUAGAGGCCCAAGCGUUGUUCGGUCAAGUGUACGAACAGAUGUGUCGAGUUAGCGGACCAGGCCACCCCCUUGCGAUGGACGCCCAAAGCAAUAUUGCCACGUGCGCCGUCGCUCGAGGGCAUUAUGCGGCAGCCGAAGCCACAUUUUCCGAGUAUUUCAACGAAAUGCUGCGACAGUAUGGCGUCGGACACAGACACACGAUUUCAUCGCUGCUCAGUCUCGGCAAGGUGCGCCGGCUUCGAGGCAAUUUCGAUCUCGCAAAGGCGAACCUGUUGCAUUGCAUCGAAAACUACCGCGAUAUGGACAAGCUAGCAUUGGUUUAUGAAAGUCAGUAUGAACUGGGCCUAGUAGCAUACAGCACAGGCGAGUACAACGAAGCGACCUCCAAGUUGAGCGACUCGUAUUCGACGUAUGCGUCGCAUUACGGACCGACGUCCACAGAAUGCGGCGGCGUCCUCUUGACGCGGUUCCUUGUACAUAUCGAAAUGGUCCCAGCUUUUGCAUCGUUGGAGAUUGUGGACGAUUUUCUCUCCAGAUUCCACACCACCGGCGCCUUCAACAGCGGGUGGAGCAACUGGAAGUGCCUCGCAUGCUUUGGACUCAUCUGUGGCGAUAUGGUCAUGUGCCUGGAGUGUUCUCGGCUGUCGUACCGCCUGUGUCAGUCCUGUGCCCAAGCUACACCUCUGCUAUCGUUGGAGCAGUGUGCGCACAGUAAUAAUAGCAGCUCGUGGAAGGCGUUCACUCCCCCAUUGCGAUAUCUGCUCGAACACCGACUCACGCUACUAGCCCAAGCCGAGCAAUGGGACGAGUACGCACACACGCCCACACGUACCUUGCAUUUUGCGACGAGUUUCAAAUCGAAAACCCACAACAGCUUGUACAUAUGA